UCAUCCACCGGUGUCAUGGCUUCCUAACAGGAGGGGGAAGUGAUUGAGAGGAAAACAAAGAUUUUUUGUUCAGUGCCCGACAAAUAAUCGGCCUUUCUAGAACCUGAGAUUGGGAUUGAAGGGCUCGGCCUCCCUUUUCUCCCCCCACGGCCGCUCCUGGGAUCCAGGAUACACUUUAAUUUUAUUUGUGAAUUUCCAUUCGUAAACCGUGGAAGAUGGCCGACCCGGCGGAGUGCACUAUCAAAGUGAUGUGCCGUUUUAGGCCCCUGAACAACUCCGAGGUGGUUAGAGGCGACAGAUUCAUUCCCAAGUUCCAAGGGGAGGAUACCGUUGUUAUCGGGGGAAAACCGUACAUGUUCGACAGAGUGUUUCAGUCAAAUACAACACAGGAACAAGUGUACAAUGCCUGCGCCCAGAAGAUUGUCAAAGAUGUCCUGGAGGGAUAUAAUGGGACAAUUUUCGCAUAUGGGCAGACAUCAUCUGGCAAAACACACACCAUGGAGGGGAAUCUCCAUGACACAGACUCAAUGGGGAUCAUCCCCAGGAUAGUACAAGAUAUCUUCAACUACAUCUAUUCCAUGGACGAAAACCUGGAGUUUCAUAUCAAAGUUUCAUAUUUUGAAAUUUACUUAGACAAGAUCCGGGACCUUUUGGAUGUGUCAAAGACCAACCUGUCGGUGCAUGAAGACAAAAACAGGGUACCCUACGUCAAGGGCUGCACUGAGAGAUUUGUCUGCAGCCCAGAGGAGGUCAUGGACACGAUCGAUGAAGGCAAAUCUAACAGACAUGUAGCGGUUACAAACAUGAACGAGCACAGCUCCAGGAGUCACAGUAUUUUCCUGAUAAACGUCAAACAGGAGAACACUCAGACAGAGCAGAAGCUCAGCGGCAAGCUUUACCUGGUGGAUCUGGCUGGCAGUGAAAAGGUCAGUAAAACAGGGGCAGAGGGAGCUGUGCUGGAUGAAGCCAAGAACAUCAACAAGUCUCUGUCGUCCCUGGGAAACGUCAUCUCUGCUCUGGCUGAAGGAACGGCCUACAUCCCCUACCGAGACAGCAAGAUGACCCGUAUCCUGCAGGACUCGCUGGGUGGUAACUGUCGAACCACCAUUGUAAUCUGCUGCUCACCUUCCUCCUUUAAUGAGGCUGAAACUAAAUCCACCCUCAUGUUCGGACAGAGAGCAAAGACCAUCAAGAACACUGUCUGUGUGAACAUCGAGCUUACGGCCGAGCAGUGGAAGCAGAAGUAUGAGAGGGAGAAGGAGAAGAAUAAGACCCUGAGGAACACCAUCACCUGGCUGGAGAACGAGCUCAACCGCUGGAGGAAUGGUGAGAGUGUGCCAGUGGAGGAGCAGUUUGACAAAGAAAAGGCCAACGCUGAGGUGCUGGCCCUGGAUAACAUACUCAACGACAAGCCAGCCUCCACACCCAACGUGCCAGGUGUUCGCCUCACUGACGUGGAGAAGGACAAGUGUGAGGCUGAGCUGGCCAAGCUUUACAAACAGCUGGACGAUAAGGAUGAGGAAAUUAACCAGCAGAGCCAACUGGCUGAGAAACUGAAGCAGCAGAUGUUGGACCAGGAAGAGCUUCUAGCCUCCUCCCGCCGUGAUCACGAGAACCUCCAGGCAGAGCUGAACCGCCUGCAGGCAGAGAACGAGGCCUCCAAGGACGAGGUGAAGGAGGUCCUCCAGGCUCUGGAGGAGCUGGCGGUGAACUAUGACCAGAAGAGUCAGGAGGUGGAAGAUAAGACCAAGGAGUUUGAAGCCAUCAGCGAGGAGCUUAGCCAGAAAUCGUCCAUCCUGUCGUCUCUGGACUCUGAGCUCCAGAAGCUGAAGGAGAUGUCCAACCACCAGAGGAAGAGGGUGACCGAGAUGAUGUCUUCACUGCUCAAAGACCUAGCCGAGAUUGGCAUCGCCGUAGGCAGCAAUGACAUUAAGCAACAUGAGAGCGGUAGCGGCAUGAUAGAUGAGGAGUUCACGGUGGCCCGUCUCUACAUUAGUAAGUUGAAGUCAGAAGUAAAGACUAUGGUGAAACGCUGCAAGCAGCUGGAGGGCACCCAGUCAGAGAGCAACAAGAAGAUGGACGAGAACGAGAAGGAGCUGGCUGCCUGCCAGCUUCGCAUCUCCCAGCAUGAGGCCAAGAUCAAGUCCCUGACUGAGUACCUGCAGAACGUGGAGCAGAAGAAGAGGCAGCUGGAGGAGAACGUGGACUCUCUCAACGAGGAACUUGUCAAGCUCAGCGCUCAGGAGAAAGUUCAUGCUAUGGAGAAAGAGAAUGAGAUCCAGACUGCCAAUGAAGUCAAGGAAGCAGUGGAGAAGCAGAUCCACUCCCACCGGGAAGCUCACCAGAAGCAGAUCAGCAGCCUGAGAGAUGAGCUGGACAACAAGGAGAAACUCAUCACUGAGCUGCAGGACCUUAACCAGAAGAUCAUGCUGGAGCAGGAGAGGCUCAGGGUGGAGCACGAGAAACUGAAAUCCACCGACCAGGAGAAGAGCCGCAAGCUGCAUGAGCUUACGGUGAUGCAGGACAGAAGGGAGCAGGCCAGACAGGACCUGAAGGGUCUGGAGGAGACAGUGGCCAAGGAGCUGCAGACCCUGCACAACUUGAGGAAGCUCUUUGUCCAGGAUUUGGCUACCAGGGUGAAAAAGAGCGCUGAGAUGGACUCGGAUGACACAGGCGGCAGCGCAGCACAGAAACAGAAAAUCUCCUUUCUUGAGAACAAUCUUGAGCAGCUCACCAAGGUUCACAAACAGCUGGUGCGUGAUAAUGCAGACCUGCGCUGUGAGCUUCCUAAACUGGAAAAGCGUCUUCGUGCUACGGCUGAGCGGGUCAAGGCCCUGGAGUCUGCUCUGAAGGAGGCCAAGGAGAAUGCCGCCCGCGACCGCAAGCGCUACCAGCAGGAGGUGGACCGCAUCAAGGAGGCCGUCAGGGCCAAGAACAUGGCCAGGAGGGGACAUUCAGCCCAGAUCGCCAAGCCUAUCCGGCCCGGGCAGCAGCCAGUGGCGUCUCCCACCCACCCCAACAUCAACCGCAGCGGAGGAGGCUUCUACCAGAACAGCCAGACGGUGUCCAUCAGGGGUGGAGGCAGCAGCAAGCCGGAAAAGAACUGAAGAGCGUGGGGAUUGAAGAAGGACACCACUGAGGAAGCCAAUGUCACCCGCCCGACCCACCCCACCCCCGACCCCCGACAACCUGUCAUUCCAUUACAGCAAACAGGCUCCUCGUCGCUGCUUCAGAGCCACGAAGGAGUUUCUGAAUUAUAAAUAUAUAAAUAUAAAUAUCCCUGGCCUGUACAGCUCCGACCCCCACACCUCCCCCUCCUUACCCCGCCCCCCCUUCCAAUUCUCACUAUGACUUAUCUCUUUUUCUCUUACUGGAUAUAAUAAUAAUAAAAGACAGCAAAUUUAAUUUAAAAAAAAAAAAAGGAAAGGUAAUAUCCUUACCCACCGAACCAAACACAGUCUCGAGCGCAGCCUCGGCGAGCGAAACCGCGCGCACCUCAGAUGUGUGGCUUCGGUUUUUGUUUUGCACAGCCUGUCGUCAUCCGUCGUCGUCGUGCGAGUAGUUCUGCUCUGUGCCAAGCUGAAUGUAAGGGCAGCAAACAAACAAGUGAAAACACAACCUAAAACAAACGAAAAAAAGGAGAGCUUACCAGGAGUGAUAGCUUGAUCCUUUAGGCUAACCUCUGUACAUUUCAUCAUUACUAUUAUUGGUUGUUAACCACACUUUUCUCUGGAUAGAUUUUACAUGCUUCUUUAAGGAGGAAAACCUAAAAAACAAAAACAAAAAAAAAACUGUACCGUUUUGAAUUGACUAGAUGGCGUCGAGCACUACUGUUCUGUCCGGUCUUGUACAGAUGUAAAAUUGGCACUACUGCACAUGCUUCCCUGCAGAGAAAGCUGUAUGAAAUAUGGGAACGACUAAACAGAAGGAUUUAAAAUUUAAAAAAAAAAAAAAAAAGCCAAGACGUGCGACAGUGUACUGUAGAUGUAUUUAACUAAAUACCUGUGGAGGCCAAUUGUUUUUAUCAUUAAGUUAAAAUAAAACCUAUACUCGUUAUUGGUGACUUCAUGAGAAGGAUGUACAGGAUGUCGAAAGGAAUGAAGAGAAUGAUCCGGUUAGAACUUCCACCUUUUAGCAUAGCCCAUGCUAAGUAGCUAAAUGUACUGUUUUUACUUCUCUCAGUGGUUAAUAAUUCUGUGUUAAUGGAUGCUAUUUAUAUCUCUCUGCACAGUGGAGCACAUAGACUGCAGACACAUAGACUGAGAUAGCACAUGUCACAAUGCUUGUCCUGUCCUAACUGGGUUGCAGUCACUCACUCAUCUCCAGGACCUGUUUUCUUUUUUGUUUUUUGUUUUUGUUUUUUAGUUGUAAACCAACUGUUUGAUCCCUGUUGCAUCAUGAUUUCUUCUCAAGGGGGCCUCACUUUGAUUUUGUUUUUUCUUUCGUCUUCCCUCUCGCACUCAUUGCGUUUGUUUGUUGUAGUAGGACCUGUAACUGCCCCGUUGGAUGUAAAUUUGCAGAAAGCGACGUGUUAUGCUGGGUUUCGCGUACUGUACCUCUUUCAUUGUUCAGUAGAUCAACGUUUAGUUGCGUAUUUGAAGGGGAAAGGCGGGCGGUGGUGUCAGUCGAUGGCUCGGGCCUUUGCCACUGAUCAGCCAGUCAGGAGAGCAGGGUCUGAAAUUGCACAACAAUCUUCUGUCAUCAUCUGGGGGAAGUGUUUAUUUAACUAAAUCUAGUCAGGGGUGUAGGGUUUAUUUUGUAUUUUGUUGUUUUUGUUGUAAUUUUUUUAGUGUCAUGAUUUUAAUCACCCCCCCCCCCCCUUUUUUUAGCCCUGUGAUGAAGCCCCAGUGCAUUGGUAAAAAGCUCGUAGUGGUUGUAACCCCAGUGUGAGAACACUAAUAUCUUGUCCAAGUGCAAUAUACUGUAAAAGACACUGUAAAUCAGUCAAUUGGCACGUGUAAUGAGGGUGUGCUUGCAGCAGCAGUCCUGCUAUGUGCAGCCGAAGUCCUGCCCCUCUUUCCUGUUAGCUUGUUCUGCGAAACCUUUGGUUCUCGUUGUAUUUUCUCAUCAGGAACCUUUCGGAAAAGCUGCAACAUGAUGCAGAAGGCUUUCUGGACUGCAUUCGAAAACGUGGAACUCUAAAUGUAAAAUACAUAAAAUAAACUCUCUAAGUGAUGAUACUGAAGGUGGUCAGAUUUUACAAAUCUGUGCAGUGGUAUAUAUUUAAAUGAAUUUCAGCUUUCUAAAAAUACAGAUGAAAGAAACGUUGCACUGCUAAAUACAGUUUUGGUUGAGACGAGUGGAACAAAUCUGGCCAGAAAAGAGUGGUGGGAUUUUGGUUUUCUUUGGUAAGAUGUCACGCUAUACUGUGCCAUCUGGUAACAGGAAAGAAAGCUGGAUUUAAUAGCACUUCUUCACAUCACCUGCACUCGUGAAAACACUCCAUAUGUGGCUGUUUGUGACUGGAGGGAAAAAAAGCCCUGUAAACAGAACUGUGUGCUAACGGUAAAUAAUCGAAGUAGUCUUCUACAAGCUGCAGCAGGAGUCGCUCCCCGUUACAGGACAGCAUUCGGCGUCUAUCGAGGUGGUUUGUUCGCUCUGUGUAAUCGUCUGGAUUAGUUAAGACUGUGCAGCGUGGACCUCAAAAUGUUUAUCCUUUGACCUGCCGCCAAAACUGGAUAUGAAAUGGGGGAAAAAUAGUUGAUUAAAAGAGCAAAGAAUAUUUAUGCUGUUUACCUAAAUUGAAAUUUGCAUUAAUUCUAAAUAAAAUCAAAGUGUAGCCACUUUUUUUUUAUUACUGUGUAAUAGUUGGUCAGUUUUUAAAGGACAGCUUUGAGGAUCCGUCAGUGGACAAGGUACUGGAUCAUUCCUGGAGAACUGGGGCACAAAUAGCAGGGCUCUGACAUGAACGGAGAUGGGAAGUUCAAGAGAUCACAGUUUUGGAUUGAUUGCAUGAUGUAAAUGUAUGUGUGAUUAAAUAAUUAUGAGAAAA